CACACAAUAGUGUCUCUCGCUGCUCCCUGGGUUGAAAGAAAGACAGCAAGAGAAGAAGAGGAGGGGGCAGAUGAAAGGAUCUCCCACUUCCACGUCGGGGGGGAGAGGAGGGAGGGGCAGAUGGGAGAAGAAAGGACCAGCACUGCUUUGUGUAAAGUUCCCCUCAUUUCUGUCAUUCCUGCUUCUGUUUUUUAAUGUUUUCUGUAUCAUAUUUCUGAGCAUCAUUUCAGGAGCCAGCUUUAAACUGCAGGAGCUUCUCUGGCCUCCUUAAAUAAACCCAUCCCGCUGUCGUUGCCCCACAUCCACUGAGGCGUCUCCUCUUUGACGUGGAGCAACACACACAAAGUCAGUUCACAUUCGUACCUGUUGUGAGGCAGGAACCGUUUUACAGGCAGAUGUUGAGGACUCGGUCGGGAUUCAAUAAAAUGCAGAAUACGCCGGCUUGGCUUUCGUCUCCUCCCUGUCUGCUCUGCCUCUGGUUGUAAAACGAGCAGGCUGCUGUUUGGUGGAAGGUGUGAUGACUUCCUGUCAGUGGCGACUUUUUGUCUGUCCUGAGAGUGAAGUCUGCUCUCUGCUUCUUUGCAUAUGAAAGUGGAAGGAGGCUGAUGAAUACGUUUUACUGCGACUGUCCAGCAACGGUUUCCUGUUCCUGCAUGGAAUCAGUAAAUUAUUAAUGGAGCUGCUUUAUGUUGGAGUCACCAAUGGGGAACUCGUACGCGGGCCAGCUGCGGACCACGCGCUUCGAGGAGGUGCUCCACAACUCCAUCGAGGCGUCGCUGCGGUCCAACACGGUGGUGCCUCGGCCCGUCUUCUCACAGCUGUACCUGGAGACGGAGCAGGCGCCGGCCCACGACGGCCGUACGGAGAACGAGGAUGAGGACGAUGAAGACGCCUUAGAGUCCAACACCCCCCCGAUGCAAUACCAGAUGAAGCCCCCGCCUGAGGGAUGCUGCACCACAGAUGGCUUCUGCCAGGCGGGCAGGGACCUACGCCUGCCCUCGCUGGCCUUGGACCCCCUGGAUGUGCCGCCUGGGUUCAUGUUGGUCGGGGUCAAGUCCCCCUCGCUUCCCGAGACCCUCCUGGUUUGCGCUGUGGACUGCAGGUUCCUGCCUGACGAACGGGGCCGCAACGCGCUGCUGGGCUUCUCGGGGAACUGCGUGGGCUGCGGAGAGAGAGGCUUCAGCUACUUCACCGAGUUCUCCAACCACAUCAACCUGAAACUCUGCACUCAGCCCAAGAAACAGAAGCACUUGAGAUACCACCUGCACCGAAACAGCCAGGGCGUCCUGGUGAGGGGAGCCCCCAUCUGCUGGAGGGGACAGGACGGCAGGGCGAGGCCGGCGGGGUCCGGCCCCUCGGAGGGACACGGGACGGCGGACGAGCAGCCGCCAAGCCUGGUUCCACACACACCCGCAGCAUCACAUGUGGAUCCUCCUGUUGUCCAGCACGUGGCCGAGCCUCACGCCUCACUGCUAAACGGCAGCCACCCUCCCUCCAUCAUCCAGCCAGUGCCUGGGAGACCCUCAGCUCCAGCGACUCAUGCGAAUGCUGGACCUCCUAAGAAGCGCCACAAAGGCUGGUCACCAGAGUCGACCUCUAACAGCCUGACAGAGGGCGCGGCGAAGCCUCUGCCGUCCUCUUCAGCCGCGUCGACGCUGUCGGCGUCCUCUGGCACGACAAAUGGAGCCAGAUCAGACGCUGCUGCCCUGCUGGGCUCAUCACAGGGUUCCUCUGCCCCACUCUCUCCCCCUGAUCUGUCUGUGGCUGUGCCCGAUCAGCUGCUGCACACCUGCAGACUGCAGCCUGUCGUCUUCAAAGGUCACGGUCCUCUGCCUCAGCUCACUGGUAAUGUCAGUGAAGUGCUGGUCAGCUCCCUGCUCCAGAGUUGUUACCUGACCUCCCAGACCCUCCCCCACGUCUACCAGCACUACGGACCAUCGCCCAUUCAACCCCUGUCCACUGAGAUGCAGAUUCUACUCACAGUUUACUACUUGGUUCAGCUAGGUCCCGACCAGGUGCCUCUUAUCGAGGACUUGGAGCAGAUCUUCAUGAGGUCGUGGAGGGAGUCCCACCUGAGUGAGAUCAGGCAGUUCCAGCAGCCUCAAACACCCAUCACCCAGGGGAGGCCCUUUGGCAUAGAGACCUCCCUCUCCCUGCCGGGGCUCCCCCAGCCUCUCUCCUUGCCUCCGCAGAGUCAGCAGCCUGUGACGCCCCACCAGCUCCCCUGGCUCGCCCAGCUGGCGGCGUCGUCGUGUGGCGAGGGCGUGGUGGUUUUGGGGGAACACGUCGGCUCCUUGGCUCAAGGCCUGCAUCAAACCUUCUGCAGGUUGAUGGACGGUCGCCUUGAAAACACCAACUACGUGGUCGUGAUCGUCACGACACCGGGGCGGGAGACGCAGUCCUGCGUGGUGGUCACCGGUAAACACCAGUGUCGCGCCUUGGCAGAGAACAUGUUCUCUCCCAGUGACGGUCUGAAAGAGAUCAACCACCAGCUGUCCACCGGCGCCGCCCAGGAGCUCAUCCACUACUGCAACUCGCUGGGACCAGACGGGGACAUGGACUCCCUGCUGGACAGCGCCACCGUGGACAGCAGCGAGCCGUCUCCCUUGUCCAGCAGUCAGUCGUCUGAGGACUCAGGUCCUAAAGACACACACAGUCCAAAGGUGUCUCACACGCAGUGCUCCAAGUGUUCCCCCGGUCCCAAAGAGACUCCAGCGAGUCCCAGAGAAACCUGUUCAGAAUUCUCCGUGCAGUGGCACGAGGUCCGUCCCAUCCAGUUGGCCGUGGCCAGAAAGCUGCUGUCACAUGUUUGCGCCAUAGCGGACUCCAGCACACAGAACCUGGACCUGGGCUCCUUUGACAGAAUCAGCUUCCUCAUCCUGGUGCCGCCGUCCGAGGUCACCUUCCAGCAGACGGUUCUCCACCUCUGGAACUCCGGGGUUCUUCAGGAGCUCGGCAGUUUAGACCUGGGGUGUGUGUCUCAGCGCGAGGCCGAGCGUUACGUGGUCAAGAUGGACCAGAGGGCACAGGCCCGAAUCGACAGCCUCAUCCAGGAAGCACACAGCAACUCCUACACACUCUACAUCCUAGUCCAUGACCACGCCCACUGGGACAUGAGCAGUGCCUCCCACAGCAGCCCAGACAGCGGUUUGGGUCUGGUGGACCAGCUGCUGAACUCCCGCCAGGUCCGAGAGGCGCCGAACAUCCUCAUCCUCCACGUCACCUCCUUCCCCUUCGCUCUGCAGACACAGUUCACCCGCAUCAGCCCCUACAACGAGAUCCACUGGCCCUCUGCAUUCAGUAAUGAUGUGGACCUGUACCACGAGAGGACGCGGUACUUUGGCGUCUCCGAGCUCCUGGACUCGACUCGCUCGGGGAGCUCGCUGCCUUUAAUGCGCUACGACUCGUCCUUUGAGAGCAUGUCGUCUGCCCUGGAGGAGAGGUUCCCCAAGCUGCACAGCGCUGUCAUCCGGACCACGGUGCUGAUCCAGCACUACUGCGUGGCUCUGAUGGCUGCGUCGGGGAGGAUCGGCGGCUCGGACAGUCUCCACAAACACACGUCGGUGGAGACGCUGGAGAUCGUGCAGUCUUUGCUCACUGCUGCCCAGCAGUGUCCCACCCAUCAUGGUCACAUGGUCCUGCUGAGGAUCCCCUCCCUGGCUCUGGCCGCGUGGGCCCAUCGAAGGCUGUCCAGAGUGAGGAGACAGCUGGGCCUGGAAGAGGCCUUUGAAAUCAUCCUGGGAAAUCCCAGCCAGGCUCUGAACGUUGGACAGAGCUUCACUGAUCAGAUAAAGACGUGGCUGAAAAUCCAGGAUGGUGCCUGGGUCCCUCACACCUACCUGGAGCUGGAGGCUCUUCCCUGCAUUCUGAUCCUGUCUGGAGCCGAGCCCCUCGGAGAAUCAAUGCCCAGGUCCCUGAAGUACUGCGACCUGCGGGUGAUCAGCUGCUCCUACCUUCAACGAACCACCCUUGAGCAGGAGCUGGGGCUGGCUGCUUACCUGGUGAGGGCAGAGUCCAGGCCACCACACAACCCGGGACCAGGGAGCGACCUGCUGGAGAGCGAUGCAGAGAAGCUGAGCAGCACUGACAACGAAGAGGAGGACGGGCAGGAGAACGGCUCUCCUCUGUCAUCCAGUCAGCAGCUGCAGUCAUUGGCCACAGACACUGGAGCCUCAGACGGUUUACCUGCCCAAAGCUCCAGGUCCCCAAUUGUCCCGAAAGGGACGACAGACACCAAGUCUCCCUCCAAGUCACAGACUCAUCCUCAGCCCCUUGUCCAGUCUCAUCCCACCCCCACACACCUCCAGCCUCACGCUCCUGCUCUGCCGUCGUCCCAGCCUCCGCCCCAACAGCAGUUCCCGUCUCAGACACAGCCGUCCCACCCCCACGCACCCCCACCCGCCCCCUCCCGCGCCCAUCACUCCAAGUCCAGCUCCUCUGACUCCUCGUCCCCCCGGGCCUCCUCUCCUUACGUCAGCUGCUCCUGGGCUCGGGGGGUGAGUCGGCCGCCUUCCGUGCUCCUCCCUCGCGCCCUCUAUGACAUCAUCACAGCCGGCGACAGCAGCGGGCUUCCUCGCUGCACGUCCUUCCUGCCUCACAUGUCUGUGGCGUGGGCCAGCAGCUUCAGGCCUCUACUGAGUAAGAUGAUGACGUGCACCGAACAGUCGCUCUACUAUCGUCAGUGGACGGUCCCACGCUCCCACCACAUGGACAGCAGCAAUCGCACCGAGGGACGAAGCGACAACUUCCACCCCCGCAGGCUGCUCCUCAGUGGACCCCCACAGGUGGGAAAAACUGGAGCCUACCUGCACUUCCUGGGUAUUCUGUCCCGGAUGCUGAUCAGGCUGAUGGAGGUGGACAUCUAUGAUGAAGAAGACAUCAACUACAGUCUCCCGUCAGACGUGGUGCAGCACCACCAGCCCAGCGCUCCAUGGCCCAAGCCAGACAUCGUGAGGACGAUGCCGUUCGACUACUCCAUCCAUGACCCCAAAUACGAUGACAUCAGCACUGUUUAUUGCCCUGGCUACAUACCCGGUGCUGAGGAAAACCUUGUGCGGAAGGAGGACGUGUACCUCCGCAGGCGGACGUCAAGAAUCAAGCUGUCGAAAUACGCGGCCUACAACACCUAUCAUCACUGUGAACAGUGUCAUCAGUAUCUGGGCUUCAACCCCAGAUACCAGAUGUACGAGUCAACGCUCCACGCCUUCACGUUCACCCACCUGCUGCUAGGGGAGGAGAUCCAGCUCUACUUCAUAAUACCGAAGUCCAAGGAGCACUACUUCAGCUUCAGCCAGCCGGGAGGCCAGCUGGAGAGCAUGAGGCUGCCCCUCACGUCUGACUGGAGCCCCGACUGCAUCAAGAGCCCCAUCUUCACCCCGACCACCGGCCGCCACGAGCACGGCCUGUUCAACCUGUACCAUGCUAUGGACGGAGCCUCGCACCUACACAUCCUGGUGGUCAAAGAGUACGAGAUGGCCGUCUACAAGAAGUACUGGCCCAACCACAUCAUGCUGGUGCUGCCCACUAUCUUCAACACCGCUGGCAUAGGUGCUGCUCACUUCCUGAUUAAAGAGCUUUCGUAUCACAACUUGGAGCUGGAGCGCAGCCGCCAGCUGGAGGGCGGGGGCCCGGCGGGCGACGUCUGGCCCUUCAUCGUUCUGGCCGAUGACUCCUGUGUGAUGUGGAACGCAGUGGACCUGGACGCACGCAGCGCCACCGUGGAGCAUGCUGUGUCACUGAAACAGGUCCUACAGCACAUGGAGGCCUGUCCGGACCUGGCCCACUAUGGCCUGUGUGGGAUCAGGAAGUGGAGCAGCCGUGGGUUUGCAGGCAUUAGACAGAGGGAGCCCUUCUCCAGAGGCCACCUUCACGACUUCCUCCUCCUCAACGUGGACCGGAGCCAGAACACCCAGUACGACCAAAACCGCUUCACGUGUCACGACGUGGACUUCACCCUGCGUCUGCACAGCGCCGGCCUGCUCGUCUGCAGGUUCAACAGGUUCAGCGUCAUGAAGAAGCAGGUGGCCAUCGGAGGAUACAGGACGUUUAUUAUCAAGACCAAGAUGACAGAUGUUCCCACCUCGGUGGGGCCGUCGCAGUACGUGUGCGCGCCGGACAGCAAGCACCUUUUCUUGGCCACGCCGGCGCAGCUGCUCCUGGAGAAGUAUCUGCAGCACACCAGCCAGAAGCUGUUCCCUCUCAGCACCAAGAACUACACACACCCCGUUCUGUCUGUGGACUGUUACUUCAACCUGGGGCCUGAGGUGACCGUUUGCUUCAUGAGCUCCAGACCUCACUCCGUCAACAUCGGCAGCGCAGGGCUGCUGUUCAGCGGCCUCCUCCUGUGCUUCGCCGACUCCUCCGUGACGCCCGGAUUCCUCAAGCAGUUCAGCUUCCUCAAAGGAGCGACGCUGUGCGUGAUCGGCGCCGACCGCAGCUCGCUGAGGCAGGCGGUGGGCAGGCUGGAGCUGGAGGAAGAAUGGAGGUUCAGGCUGAGCGACGAGUUCCAGACGGCCAACGCCAAGGAGGACCGGCCGCUCUUCUUCCUGACCGGGAAACACAUAUGACAGCGUCGAAAUGACUGAGGGAGGAAACUGGUUUGUGUCACUCCAUACGUUUCACGCUGCUUCUCGUGUGGGCACGAGAAGCUGAAACCGAUCAGCUCCGCAGCGUCCGAUGAGUGUGUCGUUACAGAAGAAGGAACUCAGAUUCAAUAUUUGCUGGUGCUUCUUCAUGUUUCUUCAUAGGUGUAAGCAGAGUUUGCUUUUUUAUCAUAGCUACUGUCAUAUGUGCUCAAUAUGCACAAUAUGUGUGUGAGCAAUCGGGGUCGGCGACUUACGAGAACACAGACGUUUUACAUGUAAAAUACUUCAAUUCUAUUUUGUCAGAUUUGUAAUGUGUAAAGAAAAGUACUUAUUUUUAGUGUGUAUGACACUAGUAGCUGUGGACCACUUCUCUGUUUGGACGUAGAACGUUUUCUAUGCGAUGAUUGUUUGUACCUGUGCAAAACAACAAAUCAGUAUAUGCAACAAUUUGCAUUUUUAUUCCUCUAAAUGUAUAAAUGUACAGAUGUUUGACAUGUUUCUUUGCUUAUUUGUCCACAAACCUUUCUGAAUAAACACACAGACAGUGUGUGUAUCACUGUAAGUCUGUGGAGUCAUACCAGGCUGCGACUCUGGAUCCUCUCACAUUUCCUCCCAGUACUCCGUUCUCAGAACAUGCCUGCUGAUAAAUUUAGUC